AUGGCUUCGCAAAUUGAUAACAAAGCUCAAAUCGAGCCACGUGGCUCGAAAGACCUUGUUGAUGGGGAAAUCAUAAAGCCUGCCGAUGCGUUGGCUGAAGAUGAAGAACUCACGAUUGCGUUGGCGAAUUAUGUCCCUGACACUGCUGAGGAGAAACGCCUUGUGCGUAAGAUCGACUUUACUCUUCUACCAUGUCUUUGGUGGAUGUACGUUCUUGCAUACCUGGAUCGUGGCAACAUUGCCAACGCCAACGCAGCUGGAAUGAGCGAGAGUCUGAACAUGAAGGACAAUGAUUACUCUCUCCUCGUAUACCUGUUCUUUGUCGGCUACUUCCUCUGCGAGGUUCCGUCCAAUAUGAUCAUGAAUAAAUGCCGACCUUCGAUAUAUCUGCCUACUAUAGUCUGGGUCUGGGGCUGUAUUGUCAUUGCUUUGUCGCAAGCAAAGAGCUACAAGGGCUUUCUUGCUGGUCGCCUCUUUCUUGGUUGCAUUGAGGCUGGUCUUUUUCCCGGCGCAAUCUAUCUUCUAACAUGCUGGUACACAAAGAAGGAAAUUGGUAAAAGAUUUUGCAUCUUCUAUACCUCCGGAUGUAUCGCUCCAGCCUUGGGUGGAAUCAUGGCCGGUGCUAUUGUCAAGGGUCUGGAAGGAGCGAGAGGUAUUCCUGGCUGGCGAUGGCUUUUCAUUGUAGAAGGCGUCCUCACAGUAGUCUGUGGAUUUGCUCUUUAUUUGCUCCUCCCGGACUACCCUCGCAAUGCCCGCCACUUCUCGCCUGAUCAGCGACGCCUUGCCCAGAUUCGAAUCUUGGUAGACAGGCAAGUCAGUGUUGGCAGCACAACCCGUCGAAUGACUUCCUGGCAGGCCUUCAAGGCUGUUGUAACGGAUGGAAAGACUUGGUUCUUCCUCGUUGCCUACAGCAUCAUCAUCCUCGGCAUGUCCAUCUCAUACUUUGUGCCCACGAUCCUCAAAACUAUGGGAUAUACCAGUGUCACUGCUCAGUGGAUGACUGUCCCGAUCUGGAUUACUGGAGCGGUCUGCCAACUGGCUCUGUCCUGGACCUCAGAUAAGUGUCAAGAUAGAAGGUGGCACAGUGUCGGCCUGUAUGGUCUCGCUGCCAUCGCUUGUAUCGUCUCCGCCCUGAUUAGCUCUGCUGUGGCGAAGUACGUCAUGAUGUGCCUACUGGUUGCUGGGCUCUACACCGGUUUGCCUCUCAUGCUCAACUGGACGAGCGAGUCUAUCCCCUUCCCGGAUCAAAAGCGCUCCAUCGCCAUUGCUUUUGUCAAUUCUUUCGGACACUUGGCCAUCAUCUAUGGAAGUUACCUAUGGCCUAGCACCAACGCCCCACAACAUCUAGUUGGCUUCGCUACCUUAACUGCUACUUGUGGCUUGGGAUGUGUUAUUGCCAUCGUUGCGCCCUGGUACUUCAAGCUCCUGCCUCAGGAGCCUGUCACUAAGGCUGAGAGGGAGCUGGUAGCGCUUCAGCGUCAGGACCAGGUCGCCCAGGAACAGUAG